GAGGUGGUAGAGCCGCCGUCGUUCACUCCGCUCUGUGGAGAGAAAGCGGCCGACGGGAUUAUCCAGCUCGGUGAACGUUAGCUCGUCGGCUAACGGCUUCAGGGGGAAAAGAGACUGAGGUCUAGCCAUGCGAAGCCCCCACCAGAGCCAGUGAAAGUUGCCCCCCCUCCGGGGCUGUUCUGCGGGACGGUUUUAAUGCACUUGGAGAAAAAAAGGAAGGUUCUCGAAUCAUGCCGUCGCUCCAACGGGAACUUUUCUCUAGAAUUUUCCAGUUGGGGAAAUGCUAGCUUGUUCAGCUAGCGAAGCUACGAACUAUUUUUUUAAAUUGGCUUUUAAGCUCAAUGGCUCCUUCUUCUUCUUAUUCCUCCUCCUGUCACGGCGACAGCUCGGAGCGUUAACCCGGUGUUGGAGAAGGCCCAUGUGAACUUCAUGACAAAACCCCCCGAAAAGCACCGGCUUUUUGAACGCGUAACGUCGGCGGGACGAGACCGGCGGAGGGACGCGACCAUGAAGAAGCAGUUCAAUCGGAUGAAACAGCUCGCCAAUCAAACAGUUGGCAGAGCGGAGAAAACAGAAGUCCUGAGCGAUGACCUCCUCCAGAUUGAGCGGCGCAUGGAGCUGGUGCGCGUCGUGUCGCACAACAUGCACAAGCGGAUGGUGUCGUGUCUCCAGGGACACAUCGGGGCGGACGCAGAGAAGAGACAUUCCGUACCGCGCCUCUAUACAGGAAACGGUCAGAAAAAGCUCCCUCUGACCGCACUGUCCCAGGCGAUGGUGGAAGGCGGGAACCAGUUGGGAGAAGACUCCUUGAUAGGGAAGAUGAUGGAGGUGUGCGGCGAGGCGGAGAAUCGCCUGGCGUCGGAAUUGAUGCAACACGAGCUGCAGAUGGAGAAGGACGUUCUGGAUCCUCUCAGCCAGCUCGCGGAGUUGGACAUCCCCAACAUCCUGAAGCAGAGGAAGCAGCUGGCCAAACUGGUGUUGGACUACGAUUCUGCCCGAGCGAGAUGGUUGCAGGCGACCAAGUCGAUAAUCUCAGGAACAAACACUCAAGCGCUGACGGCCAAGGCGGACCUCCUCAAGGAGGAAAUGGACGAGGCCAUGAACAAAGUGGAGCUCUGCAAGGAUCAACUCGCUGCAGACAUGUACAGCUUCUUCUCCAAAGAAGGGGACUACGCCUGCUACUUCGUCACGCUCUUAGAAGCUCAAGCUGAUUACCACAGAAGGUCUCUCACUGUCCUGGAGAGCGUCCUGCCGACCAUCCAGGCCCAGCAAGACUCGUGGACGGAGAAGCCGGCGUUCGGCACCGGGCUGGAGGAACACCUGAAGAGGAGCGGGAGGGAGAUCGCUCUGCCGAUGGAGGCCUGCGUCAUGAUGCUGCUGGAGACGGGCAUGAGGGAGGAGGGUCUGCUCCGGAUCGCAGCAGGUGCGUCUAAGCUAAAGAAGCUAAAAGCGGCGCUGGACUGUUCCACGUCGCAGCUGGAGGAGUUCUACUCCGACCCCCACGCGGUCGCUGGAGCUCUGAAGUCCUACCUGAGGGAACUCCCUGAACCUCUCAUGACGUACCAGCUUUACGAUGAAUGGAUCCAGGCAUCCAGCGUGUCGGACCCGGACAAGAGGCUGCAGGCGCUCUGGCUCGUGUGUGACAAGCUACCAAAGAACAAUAAAAGCAACCUGAGGUAUCUGGUGAAGUUUCUAGCCAAACUGGCUCAGGACAGCGAGGUGAACAAAAUGACGGCGAGCAACAUCGCCAUCGUCCUGGGACCCAACCUGAUGUGGGCCAAGACCGAGGGGAGUCUGGCUGAAAUGGCUGCAGCGACCUCUGUGCACGUGGUGGCCAUCGUGGAGCCCAUCAUCCAGCACGCCGACUGGUUCUUCCCCGAGGACGUGGAGUUCAAUGUCUCCGGGAUGUUUGCGAUGCCGACCUCCAACCACCUGGACUACGACAGUGGCACCGUCGAGAGGAAGAGGCCCGGCACCCUGGUGGGGCCGGAGAGCGACGCGGCGACGCGCAAAGACAACACCCCUAUCAAGCACUCGGACCACACCCUCCGUAGAGGCAGUAACGCCGUCGGUAGAAAGCAGCACACGUCGCCCGCCUUCCAGCCUCCGUUGCCCCCCGUGGAGGCUCCGGGGCCGGCCCCCCAGCCACCAGCUCAGUGGGCGGGGCCCGACGCCGCCCAGCAAAGCCUGGCGCAGAGUCUGGCGGCGCUGGUGGCCGCACAGCAGCUGCUAGCCCAGCACACGGAGGAGCUCAGUCACCCGAAGCAUCGGGACCCCACGCCUCUGCUCCAGAGGAACGGCUCCGGAGGAGGGGGCCACGCCGCGGUGCCGCUGGGCACCGGGACCCCCGGGGCUGGAUCCAUGGGGGGGCCCAGCCCGCGUAUGUUGCGUCGUGGCACCAAGAAGCAGGCCCCCGCCCCCCCCGCCCCUCCCAAGCCGAUGAUCCCGCCUCCCAUCCAGCCUUGUAGCCACGCCCCCUCGUCCCAGUCCCUCAGCCCCGCCCCCAGACUUUUGUCCGGCCCCUCGCCCGCCACGCCCACCUCCCCCACCUUACAGCCGUGCGCCACGCCCCGGCGCCACUCCAGCAACCAGCCCCCGAUCCAAGCGCCCAGCCACCCGCCCCCGGAGCCCCCGUCGCAGGCCAGCCCUCCGCCGCAGCCCGCCGGGGGCCGCCGGAGCUCGGACCCCUCGCCUCCGGGCACCCCGUCCCCUCCGGACACCCCUCCUCCUCCGCCUUCCGCCGGCAUCCCGGACGCCGCUCCUCCGUCCCCCUUCCAGACGGGCUCCCUCUCCCGGCCGCGGCCCGUCCCCAAACCCCGGAACCGGCCCGGCGUCCCGCCGCCCCCCCAGCCCUCGGCCGGCGACUCCAACGGGAUCUGCGCCGCCGCCUACAAGACGAGAGACCCGGUGCUGUCGUUCAGAGGGCCGAGUCGGGCUCUGGUCCCAGAGUUCGCUGUGGACCUGCAGCCGGCGACCUCCUCCUCCUCUUCCUCCUCCACCUCCUUCAUCUACCUGCCUCCUUCCAAAGACUGUGACCUGGACUCUGAGAGCACCGUCCUAUAAGGAGGAGGCGAUGACCCCCGUGCACCUCCUCCUCUCGUCCUACACACCUCAUGUUUUCUUGCACAUCCCUGCAGCCCAGUCCUCCCAGUCUGGCCAGCAUAGAGGACUUAACUGGGACCCAGAGCCCCCCCUGGCCCACUGAUGGUGGAUCACGUUGACCAGAUCACCUUCGCGUGUGCCAGUUGUAGCCGAUGAUGUCACGGUCCGUUGCAUCCGCAGCUUUUUAACCGGGAACCUACUUCUGCAAAGACUUUGAUCAUCAAUUAAUGCAAUUUUUAAGCAAAUAUAUAUUUUAAAAAUUAUGUUUUUGGGAAAUUGUAAGUUUGCAUUUUUCAGUAUUUUAUAGAGCAAAUAAGUGGAAAAGGAUAAAGAGCGGAUGAAUUGAUAAUUGCCGCUCGUUGUCGUCGGGCAGACCACCAUAAUUGACCUCCCCGCCUCCUUCAGGCCGCUCUUCGUCUCCAGCCGGUGAAGUCGUUGUUUACUUCCUGAACCCGAAGCCUCGGCCGUGUAAUGCAGCGGUUAUCUUUCUGCUGCGCAACGUUAACCGACAAUCACACGGCAGAGGAGCAGCGGCUGUGACGAGCAAGACGACCCGGGGGAGGCCGGACUCGCUUGGAUUUGGUGUAAGGGCUCGUAUGUUUUCUUAAUGUAAAAAAAAAAAAAAAGGCCUUAGAACAAGCAAUGACAUCAUGUCUACAGCAUGUGGGGGGGGGAGGGGGGGGAAACCAAAACUGUUGCUUUAAGUGUAGCUGGUGACUGCAGGUUUCCAGUCGUCUCAAACACUUGAUUUUCUUUGUAUGGAAACUUCCCCAAAAUCCUAUUAUCCUGUAUUUAUUUAACGAUUUUUAAAAAAGAAGAAGAAACACACAUUCCCCGUGGCUUUGACGUCAUUAACGGCGUCUUUAAAUGUAAAUCAUGCCUUAUGGAUCCUUCCAGAACGUGUAACGACUGUAUUGACCGUGUGGAGGAGACGCUCUCGGCUCCGGGUGCCGCAGUAUUUCCAGGAAGUAUCGAGUGUUUCAGGAAAUACUGAAACACUCGAUGCAGCAGGAGGCGUGUGUGUGUGUGUGUGUGUGUAUUUAAAUGUCAGUAUUCUGCCUCCUGUGAUCUGGAGUUCAACACACUGUUGAUCAUGAAGAUGCACAAACGGCUGACGUUGCACUUCUAAUGAGUGGUUUCUUAGAAGUGGUUGAGAGGUUUAUUUUUAUUUUUUAUUGCUUAUAUUUUCCCGUCUUUCCCACUGAGCUGAGCGCACGCUGCUGCCAUCAGUUAUGAACUGGUGUUGGACUUUUUCUCUUUUUUUUUAAGGGUAAAAGAUUUAAAAAAUGCUUUUUGUUGUAUUUUCUGUGCAAGUUUUGUUGUUGUUGCUUUUUAAGGCCUCGGAUGGUCGAGCUGACCCGACGUGGAACCGGUGGAGAAAGUCUCGGAUGCUGCAGAACACGAGUUGCGUCGGCGCGUUUGAACGCACCGCUCGUAUCUAAAGCUCCGGAACACGGAACUAGAAAUGAUGACGCUGCAUUUUUAAGCUUUGGAAUAGAUACAUGUGUACGCUCGGUUAUUCACCUUCUCCAAAGACAAAAUAAAGUAUAUGAAGAAACUAUUUAAAUCUUA